CACGGGCAGGUACAUGCCGUCACUGCGCUGCCGCGCGCACCUGCCAUCGGCCAGCGAUUCCUUGGAGUGGCAUUGACGCCUAGCUCUGCCUCUGCCGCCCGCGUACGUGCCUGGCGCCAAUCCUUCUUGUGAUGAUUGUAUCUCGCAACCUUCGCAGCUUUCUCCCAGAGCACCUCUGAUCUCCCACCACCGAUGACCAUUCCGCCCCGGGCCCCUUGAAAUGGUUUGAUGCCUGCCGCCAUGCCCAGUCCCUCCCGACGCCUCCUGCUCUCCCUCUUCCUGGUCGCGUGCGGCGCCGGUCUUGUCUUCUCGAUCACCGGCAACGGUGGCAGCAGGACCAAGGAAGCUGGCAAUGGCGAGGCCAAGGUCAGGGUGCUCCGUGGUCUUGACACUCUCGGGCUGAGGCAGAAGCAGCGUCACGCCCAUGGACGUGGAGUCUCUCCGGCCCCGGCUCCGGCGCGUGCCAGCUUGCCUCUGCUCCACAAGGACGCGCGGCGGCUCCCGGUCCCCGGGAAAGUUGCCCACGAUCACAAGACGGGGAACAAUGCCACGGCGCCGAGCCAGAGGCAGAGCCCGCCGCACGGCGAGGGAGGCGACGGCGAGCGCGGGAGCAAGAAGAAGAAGAGCAUGCAGCUGGUCGUCGCCGCCGCGGCGGCCGCGCUGUCGGGGGCGGCGCUGGUGCUCCUCGCCGUCCUGGUGGUGUUCCUGACGUGCAGGAAGUUCCAGGGGAAGCGCGGGGGCGCCGCCGACCUGAACGCCGGCACCAACAAGGUGAGCUUCGAGCCGGCGCCGGGCAUGUUCUACCUGGACGCCAUCAAGCCGUACCUCGACGACGCCGGGAGCGACGGUGGGGGGAAGGCGGCGCCGGAGAUGGCGGGACCUAAAGACGAGGAGCUGAAGUGCGAGGAGGACGGCGGCGGAGCCUGCUCCGACGACGGCGCCGAUUCGGUCCACUCCUCGUGCUGCUUCCACUCGUCCCAUUUCUCCUACUCCGAGCUCACCAAGGCCGACGGCGUGUCGCCGUCGCCCUCCGUCCGGUCGAAGCGCCGCGGCUCUGCCCCGACGACGCCUUGGGACAAGAGCAAGGCUGCGAGUCCAUUCUCGCCGUUGGGCCCGCGCACGCCGAGAAGCGAGGAUCGGGGCCGUCGCGCGCAUUCCCCGAGCUCGUCGGCGUCCGUGGUGACAUCUCAGUCGCUCAACGAUCACGAGCUCCGGGGAACUGCUCAGUCCGUCAGGUCCCUGAAAUUUCAGAGCGGCAGCGCGUUCCGCGCAAAAGAAGAAGUAGAUGUGGACACCGUGAGCUCGAACGCCGCAAGUAGCAAACCAGUGCCACCGCCGCCGCCGCCGCCACGUCUGCCACCAGUGAUGGUGAAACAGCAGGAGAGCGUCCUGACAGGCCGUGGUGAUCCGACCGUCCCCCCACCGCCGCCGCCACCACCUCCGCUGAUGUUACCACAACGACAGAGCGUUGAGACAAGUUGCGGUGGUCCGGCCGUCCCCACGCCGCCUCCGCCGCCGCCGGCACUGCUAGUACCGCAACGACACAAUGGUCAGAGGAACGGUGGCACUGGCCCCGCCCUCCCGCCGCCUCCUGCGCCGCCGGGUCUGUUCAGGCCGAGCGCACCACCUGUCGUCGGCGAGAACGGCGCGCCGCUGCCCAAGCUGAAGCCCCUGCACUGGGACAAGGUGCGCGCCGCGCCCAACCGGCGCAUGGUGUGGGACAGGAUCCGCUCCAGCUCGUUCGAGUUGGACGAGCAGAUGAUCGAGUCGCUGUUCCGGUACACCGCGGCGAGGUGCUCGGCGAAGCACGAGGAAGCCCAGAGCCGGAGCCCCUCGCUCGGGCACCACGUCCUGGACCCCAAGAGGCUGCAGAACAUCACCAUCCUGAUGAAGGCCGUCAACGCCACCGCCGAGCAAAUCUACGCCGCCCUGAUGCACGGGAACGGCCUGUCCGUGCAGCAGCUGGAGGCACUGAUCAAGAUGGCGCCGACCAAGGAAGAGGUCGACAAGCUCGAGAGCUACGACGGCGACGUCGGCAGCCUGGUCGCGGCCGAGAGGCUCCUCAAGGUGGUGCUCACGAUACCGUGCGCGUUCGCGCGCGUCGAGGCCAUGCUCUGCCGGGAGACCUUCGCCGACGAAGUCAGCCACAUCAGGAGGUCGUUCGAGAUGCUCGAGGACGCGUGCCGGGAGCUGAUGUCGAGCAAGCUGUUCCUGAAGCUGCUGGAGGCCGUGCUCAAGACCGGGAACCGGAUGAACGUCGGGACGGCGCGGGGCGGCGCCAUGGCGUUCAAGCUCGACACGCUGCUCAAGCUCGCCGACGUGAAGGGCGCCGACGGGAGGACGACGCUGCUGCACUUCGUGGUGCAGGAAAUGAUCCGGUCGUCGCAGAAGCCGGCGGCGCGCGCGGCGGAGGCGCCGCCGGACAUCGUGACCGGGCUCGCCGCCGAGCUCACCAGCGUCAGGAAGACGGCGACGGUGGACCUGGACGUGCUCACCACCUCGGUGUCCGGCCUCUCGCACGGGCUGUCCCGGAUCCGGGCGCUGGUGGGGGCGGACCUCGCCGGCGACGAGCGGGGCCGGUGCUUCGUGGCCCUCAUGGCGCCCUUCGUGGCGCAGGCCGGGGAGGUGAUCAGGGAGCUGGAGGACGGCGAGCGCCGGGUCCUGGCGCACGUCAGGGACAUCACCGAGUACUACCACGGCGACGUCGGCCGGGACGAGGCCAGCCCGCUCCGGAUCUUCGUCAUCGUCAGGGACUUCCUGGCCAUGCUGGAGCGGGUGUGCAAGGAGGUGAGGGGAGCCAGCAGGGGCUGCUGCCACGGACCGAAUGGUGCCCCGAGCAACACUGUAUGACAGAUAGUACUCCGGAAACGGGAAGGGAACAACACUGUAAUUCUUGGUUUUGCCGUUGUUCUUGAUCGUUAGGAACGAGUUCGUUGUAGAUCAGAAGCUUGUGUUUCUUCUUCAUUUUCAUGCGCAUUCCAUGGACACUGGAGUGGACAGUACCCAUAGCAAUUAGCGAGUCACUCAAAUCUGAUGCUGCAAGCCUUUUCUUGCAUCUGAUACUCGAAAUAGCUUUUGGAGAAUCUAGCAGCUUCAACGUGGAGAUGUGUGGUUGGGUGAAUUCAAACUUGGGACCGAAACGAUCCCCACACCGCCA